GACAAAAAGGCCCUUGCUUUCGCGAAGGAGGAAAAGAACCUCUCUCCGUCGACGCUCGACCCACGGGCAACCUCUCUCCGCGCAGCACGGCGCCGCCGCCGCCGCCGCCGCUCGCCGUCUCCAUCGCAGCCAGGUGAUGCGGACGGCCUCAUGGGCGAUCGGGAAAGGCAUAGGAUCUUGAUGGUCUCUGAUUUCUUCUAUCCUAACUUUGGUGGUGUGGAGAGUCAUAUAUAUUAUCUUUCUCAAUGCUUGUUAAAGCUGGGACACAAGGUGGUGGUGAUGACGCAUGCAUAUGGAAAUCGUUCUGGCGUGAGAUAUGUGACUCGUGGGUUGAAGGUUUAUUACAUUCCUUGGAGACCAUUUUUCAUGCAGAACACUCUGCCAACGUUUUAUGGGACGUUGCCUAUCAUAAGAACCAUCCUCAUUCGGGAAAAGAUUACGCUUGUGCAUGGACAUCAAGCUUUCUCGACUCUUUGUCAUGAAGCCUUGAUGCACGCACGCACUAUGGGUUAUAAAGUGGUAUUUACUGACCAUUCGCUAUAUGGUUUUGCUGAUGUUGGCAGCAUUCACAUGAACAAGGUAUUGCAAUUUACUCUAGCAGAUGUGAGUCAGGCCAUUUGUGUAUCUCAUACUAGUAAGGAAAAUACAGUUCUUCGGUCAGGGCUUCCACCGGAGAAGGUCUUUGUUAUACCUAAUGCAGUGGACACGGCCAUGUUCAUACCUGCUCCAGAGAAUCCCAGAAGUAAUGAUGAAAUUGUCAUCGUUGUGAUAAGUAGAUUGGUUUACCGGAAAGGUGCGGAUUUACUGGUUGAAGUCAUUCCAGAAGUAUGCAGAUUGUAUCCUCGUGUACGUUUUGUGGUUGGGGGCGAUGGACCCAAACGAGUUAGACUGGAGGAAAUGAGAGAGAAGCAUUUCCUUCAAGAUAGAGUGGAAAUGUUGGGUGCCGUACCUCAUUCUCGUGUACGCUCUGUACUGAUUUCUGGCCACAUUUUCUUGAACAGUUCUCUAACAGAAGCAUUUUGCAUAGCCAUCUUAGAGGCUGCCAGUUGUGGACUGCUGACUGUCAGUACACGUGUGGGGGGAGUGCCAGAGGUUCUACCAGAUGACAUGGUUGUACUUGCAGAACCUGAUCCUGUUGACAUGGUGCGAGCAAUCAAAAAAGCAAUUACUAUACUUCCCACUGUUGAUCCACAAGAUAUGCAUAAACGUAUCAAGAAGCUCUAUGAUUGGCAUGACGUUGCUAGAAGAACAGAGAUUGUGUAUGAUCGUGCUAUGAAAUGUUCCAGUCAAAAUCUUUUGGAACGGCUUGCCCGGUACCUCUCAUGUGGAUCCUGGGCCGGCAAGCUGUUUUGCUUGGUCAUGAUCAUUGAUUUUUUGUUAUUUUGUCUUUUGCCGUUAGUUCAGCCUGCUAUUGAUAUCGAAGAAGUUCCGGACAUGGUGAUGUCCCCUGGUGAAGACAGCAGUGCAGGAGACCACAAUAUUCCAGAGUGGAGCUGAAGAUGAUGGUCGACCAUGCCUU